CGGUCCCGGCCCCGGUCCCGCCGGGCCGCCGCCCGCCGCAGAGAUGUCUCCCGCCAUCACCGCCAAGGAAGGCGGCCGGCAGCGCCGAGCCGGGAGCCACCACCACUGCCUGGACGUGAGGAGCGAGGCGCCGCGCGCCCUGACGCCCUGCGGGGAUGGGCUGCCGGGCGGGGAGGCCGAGGCGCUGCUGCUGCCGCCGCCGUCGCCGCCGCCCGAACCGGGCUUGCGGGUGGCGCGGGGGUUCCGGGCGGAGCUGGGCAGCAUUCUGCUGCUGCUGGUGCUGUACGUGCUGCAGGGCAUCCCGCUAGGCCUGGCGGGCAGCGUUCCCCUCAUCCUGCAGAGCAAGAGUGCCAGCUACACCGACCAGGCCUUCUUCAGCUUCGUCUUCUGGCCCUUCAGCCUCAAGCUGCUCUGGGCACCCUUGGUGGACGCCGUCUACCUGCGGGGCUUCGGCCGCCGCAAGUCCUGGCUGGUGCCCACUCAGUACGUGCUGGGCUUCUUCAUGAUCUACAUGUCCACCCAGGUGGAGAUGCUGCUGGGCGACGGGAAGGACCGCGGCCCCGACGUGGUGGCCCUCACUGUGACUUUCUUCCUCUUCGAGUUCCUGGCGGCCACGCAGGACAUCGCGGUGGACGGCUGGGCACUGACCAUGUUGUCCCGGGAGAACGUGGGCUACGCCUCCACCUGCAACUCCGUGGGCCAGACGGCCGGCUACUUCCUGGGCAACGUCCUCUUCCUGGCCCUCGAGUCGCCCUCCUUCUGCAACAAGUACCUGCGGUUCCAACCCCAGCCCCGAGGGAUUGUUACCCUCUCAGAUUUCCUGUUUUUCUGGGGAGCUGUCUUUUUAAUCACCACUACACUGGUUGCCCUUUUGAAAAAGGAAAACAAGGAACUAACACCAACGAAAGAAGAGACAAAAGGCAUCACUGAUACCUACAGGCUGCUCUUCUCAAUAAUCAGGAUGCCAGCAGUCCUUACCUUCUGCCUCUUGAUCCUCACAGCAAAAGUUGGAUUCUCAGCAGCAGAUGCUGUGACAGGACUGAAGCUGGUGGAAGAGGGUGUUCCAAAAGAGCACUUGGCUCUCCUGGCUGUUCCCAUGGUUCCUCUGCAGAUCAUUCUGCCUCUGAUCAUCAGCAAAUACACAGCAGGCCCCCAGCCACUCAACACCUUUUACAAAGCUAUGCCUUUUAGGUUACUCUUUGGUCUGGAAUUUGCUUUUUUGGUGUGGUGGACUCCUAAAGUCAAGCAUGAAGCAGGGUUUCCUGUCUACUACUAUGCUGUGGUGUUGCUGAGUUAUGCUCUACACCAGAUCACUCUGUACAGCAUGUAUGUGGCCAUCAUGGCUUUCAAUGCCAAGGUCAGCGACCCGCUGAUCGGAGGGACCUACAUGACACUCCUCAACACUGUCUCCAACCUGGGGGGGAACUGGCCUUCCACUGUUGCUCUCUGGCUUGUGGACCCCCUCACUGUCAAAGAAUGUGCAGGGGCCCAGGACCAGACCUGUAGGACCACAGUUGCUGCAGAACUCUGCACACAAGCUGGGGGUUCCUGUGUCACCACCUUGGACGGGUACUACGUGGAGUCUGUCAUCUGUGUCAUUCUGGGCUUUGGCUGGUGGUUCUUCCUGGGGCCAAAAUUUAAAAAGCUGCAGGAUGAAGGACAGUCUUCCUGGAAGUGUAAGAGGACCAAUUGAUGCAGUUUAAAUAUUCGAUGGACUGGCAAGGUCAUUUUAGUUUUAUUACAGAGACAUAUCCCAUAAUCAAUAAGCAGGAAUAUAGGUAUUUUAAAUGCCACGUCACUGACCAAAGGGGUGGCUGAGUCAGUGGUGUGUUUGUAUGUGAUACCACUUGCCCAGCAACAGGAAAAAUUCAGAAAGUAACUGUUAAAAACUGGCACCUCUGUACUACAUACAUAUCCCUGAGCUGUAGCUUCAGAGUCAUGGCUGCUGAUGUCACCAAUGUCCCCAUUUCAUAGAGUACCUAUGGAAUUCUAACUGUGUCAGGUCUGUCUAAGCAGCAGCAGCAGUGUCAGCUAAGCCUCAGCUCUUUCUUUUCAAGCAGAAAUUAUCUGACACGGGGAGUUGAUCCAGGAAAAGAGAUCCAAGGCAUUUGGAUGUGUAGGUGAAACGUUUGGUACCAGGAGAUUUCUGGUGGGAAGAUAAAUGUAAAGUGUCUGGGGCUUUGUUCCUCCUCACCUCCUGAACUGUAACCACACCUCAACGGAUGAAAUGUUUCAGAGAUUCUUUUAAAUGUAUUUUCUGGCUUUUAUAAGCUUCAAAGAUUUAUAAGAAAAUAUUUUUAUAAACAAAUUACAUUUGUUUAAUUUAUUUCUGCUGUUUCAGAGCAUUUUGAUUUACAUUCAAGGUACUUUCUUGAUGAAGAAAUCACUGUAAGGUAGGAGUUAAGAGUAACGCACAAUACUCUAAGCCUUGAUUCCUGAAGAUGUAAACUGGACAGUGCGGCUUCUAGCACACAAGCACAGGCUGUGGAAGGAGAGGGUGUGCCAGCCUUUGGAAGGCUGCUGCCAUUUGGAGGGAAUGAUUUGAUUGUGCUGGGUCCUCUGGCACUCAAUUUUGAACACUCUUUUAAAAUCAGUGGGGAAAAAAAAAAUGUGACUCUUCCCAGGUAGGGGUAAGAGAAGAUGAUCAGUGCCUUUGAGAGUGAUUUGUUGAUGACCAAUUUGCCAAAUUCCCAGUGAGCUGGUGUGCAGCUUGGUGUCACAGAAAUCAGAGGAGGUAAAUCCUGCACUGCUGAUGCUGUGUAGUGAAACCUUGCCCUUGUGUUUGUCAGAACUGGCUUCCCCCUGAGUGCUGUGCAGCCAGCAGGCUGUAUGCCAAGAGGGGCACUGGGACAUUGUUGGAUGUGGAUGGUACAUCGUUAUUAAAAUAACAAAACUAUUAAAAAUACCUUUGGAAGGUAUCUGAUUUCCA